AUGUGCUUAAAAGACCUGAAAAUUGCACUUUUUGUUCAUGAAUCAAGGCUGAAACAACCACCCGAGGGGUGGAUCAAAGCUAAUGUUGAUGCUGUGGUCAAUACCAGUGAUGGUUUGGCUGCUGUUUGUGGAGUUUUACGCAAUGAGGAUGGAGAGUGGAUUUUCGACUUUACCCGGAGUUUAGGUAGGUGCUCGGUGUUAAUGGAUGAAAUAUGGGUUGUCCGUGAUACCCUUUGGGAUGCUUGGAGACUUGGUUUCCGAAGGGUGGAAGUCGAAACGGACAAUGUCGAGGUUUCUUGUAUUUUCAAUGGUAGUUCAGAUGCUCUUGAGGGGAAUGCACUUGUGCAUGAUCUGAAGGAUCUUCGCAAUCGGAAUUGGAUUACGAGGAUGACUUUCGUGAGGAGAGUGCAGAACGGGGUUGCGGAUCGGUUGGCAAGGAUGAGUCGCAGGGUUGCCCUCGGGCUCCAGGAAUUCAUGGUGGCGUCGGUGGAAGUCGAAGCUUUGCUGCAGAAGGAUCUCAGUGUUGCAAGCUAG